UCGUUUUAAGGGAGAGAAGUUGGGAAUGGCCAUACAAACUCACAGGCACGCCCUGUAAUCGUACCUCUGUUCUCAAAAACAAGAGGUUCGUUCUUUGAGAGUAAGAGGGAAAGACGUCUGUCUGCAGGUGUGCUGCACCGGUCUUCACUGUGCUGUGGCACUUCGAGGGGGCACAUCUCGUCACUUUUAGCUUUCCUCACAUCAGACUGCCACAAGUCUUCGAUUUUCGCAAAUCAUGACAGAGUACAAUAUAUAGAACAAAAUAAAAUAUGACUGUUCUCUCCCAAAAUGGAGUCUGGAAUGUCAGAGAGCAGGCUCUGCUCCAAGAACCCCAGUGCCUUUGUGCUCUGGGCAGGGAACAGAGUGAAACUCAGAAGUCUGAGCCCAGGACGGAGUAAACCUCUGGCGCUAUGCAGUACCUACCAUGGCUGUUGCUGUGGGCAAUCCUACAGGUCUGGGGACAAUCUGAAGUCCAGCAAAAGAAUUAUACGUUCCGCUGCCUGCAGAUGUCNUCUUUUGCCAACAGAAGCUGGUCCCGCACAGACAGUGUGGUCUGGCUGGNGGAUCUGCAGACACACAGUUGGAGUAAUGACUCAGACACUAUCAGCUUCACCAAGCCAUGGUCCCAGGGCAAGUUGAGUAACCAGCAGUGGGAGACGUUGCAGCAUAUGUUUCAAGUCUAUCGAGUCAGCUUUACCAGGGACAUACAGGAAUUAGUCAAAAUGAUGUCACCUAAAGAAGACUAUCCCAUUGAGAUCCAGUUGUCUNNGGGCUGUGAAAUGUACCCUGGGAAUGCUUCGGAAAGCUUUUUACACGUAGCACUUCAAGGAAAAUAUGUCAUGAGAUUCUGGGGAACAUCCUGGCAGACUGUCCCAGGAGCCCCAUCUUGGUUAGACUUGCCCAUCAAAGUGCUCAACGCCGAUCAAGGGACGAGUAUAACGGUGCAGACGCUCCUGAAUGACACC